CCCAAAAUUCCUGGUUUGCCCGUUGCUGGUGUGGGACGGGGUCAAAGGUCACAGGAUGGUGCGGGGCAGCCUGGGGGUCCUGGUGCUGCUGGGAGUUUUUUACCCAGUGAGAGGGAACCCCCUCCCCCCUGAUGCCACCAGUCCCUUCCAGUAUGACUGGCACCGCCUGCGCGUGGCGGGGCUGGUGGUGGCCGCCGUCCUCUGCGUCAUCGGCGUCAUCGUCCUGCUCAGUGGGAAGUGCAAGUGCCGGAGCAAAGCCAGCCGCCGUUGUCCCCCCCCUCCGGAGACGUCCCACCUGGUUGUCCCCGGACCCACCGGCACAUGCUGAGGUGUCCCCAAGUGUCCCCAAGCCCGGGGGUGGCCCCCAAGGACACGGAGAGACGGGGAGGAGGAGCAGGUUUAUUUUGGGGUGAAAUCUCCCCCAAAAAAGCCAAGAAAAGGGGAAAUUAAUAAAAAAAAAGUUAAAA